UAAAAUGAUUAAAAAGAAGUUUAUAUAUUGGAAGAAUAUAUUGUAUUGAAUGUAUAAAAAAAUUGUAAUAAAGAAUUAAUAGAUACGCUUACACAUGUAAAGUGACACAUAUAUACACACACGCGCGUACACUCGCGCGCACGCGUGUGUGUGUGUGCAAACUAAAAUAAAUAUGUAUCAAAAUAAAAUUUUGUUUUGAGAAAAAUUCAAAAUUUUAAUUAACCGAUGUUUUUAAUUAAGAUCAAAAGGUAGAUCUGAAUAAAGACUUUAUUUAUGUAUGUAUUGUAUAUUUACCGCAAAUAUUAAAAAACGUCAAACGUAUAUUUGAACAAGUGCUUUGACAUAUUAUUUCACAUAUAAAAGUUAUGUGUAUAAAAUUUUUUGAAUACAUCAUCGAUGUGAGAUUGUGUAACAUCGAUGUGUGAUAGUGUUAAUGUCUUAUCAUAUCACUUCAAAUCUUUCCAUGAUAUAUUAAUGAACUUGCAUAUAAAGGCUUUUCUGUGAAGAAAAUUCUUUGGUCUUCACUGGAACAGUGCUGUGUAAUUUCGGUAAAAAAUACUAUUUGCUUCUUUGAAGCAUUAUAGUAUCACUAUGCAGAUAUAUCAUUUCUUAAUAGCCUUUUUGCUAGCUGUAACGUGUUCACAUACAGCUCCAAGCAAUUAUGAUACAAAUGAAGAUUAUAAAUUGUGUACCACGCAAGAUUGUGUAAAUGAAGCGUCAAGGAUCUCAGAUUAUAUUGAUCGUACGAUCGAUCCUUGCGAUAAUUUUUACAAAUUUGCCUGUGGCGAAUGGAUAAAAAAUAAUCCGGCAAAUAUGUCGUAUCCAAGAAUCAGCUCGCUGUCGAUUAUCAGUCAGAAAACGUCAGAAAAAAUUAAAGAAAUCAUGGAAGAUGCUUCCAAAUCAGAUGACACGGUUUCCUUGAAAAAAGCGAGAAAGCUAUAUGACAUGUGUAUGGAUAGCGAGGAACUCAAGAAAAUCGGUAUCAGUGCCCUGAGCAAAGUUGUGCAGAAGAAUGGCGGGUGGCCAAUGACAAUGUCCUCUAGGGAAUGGAAACGGAAGGGAUAUAAAAUGUGGCAACAAGUUAGCGACAUUUUGCAGGCUAAUAUGUUCGACAAUGGCCUUUAUGGAAUAGCAGUGUCGGUGGAUGAUAAAAAUUCCGACACUAACGCCAUUGUGAUUAUGGAGCCUAACUUUUACGCUCCACGCGACAUCCUAAUCAGUUUCGAAAAAGAUCUUAUGGAGAAGAUGUCCUAUAAAUCCUAUAUCGAAACAGUUGCGAGUAUUUUUGUAGAGGAUAGCGGUGCGUACAUCAAGGAUAAGACGCUCAGUCAGGAUGCGCUUGACAUCGUGGAUUUUGAGAUUGAAUUGGCAAAGCUGACAUUAAGUCUCGAAGACAGUAGAGAUGUCGACAAAAUCUACAACCCGUUAACUAUCAAAGAAUUGCAACAUGCGUAUGAUGAGCAAAGGCCUAAAAUAAGGAGCAAGAUAAACUGGCUUCAUAACAUUCAGAAACUUUUUGCGCCAGAAAAAAUUAAGAUCAAAUCAUCUGAGAAGCUUAUCGUUCAAGCGUAUAAGUAUCUUACUUUGCUGGUACCUUUAUUGGAACGAACGCCGAGUCGUACUAUCAUAAACUACAUGCAAUGGAAUGUAAUCAGAACAUUGUUACCUUACACCGAACGUACGGAAGAAAUUGCUGUUCAACUUGCCGCUCAGUUCAAAAAUAAGAAACCAGAGUUCUUGAGGUGGAAGAAAUGCUUGCAGAAGGAAGCCAACUUACACAAGGCUAUCUCACAAGAGUAUGCCAAGAGAUAUGUACAACUCGAGAGUAAAAAAGAAAUUAGCGAAAUGAUUACGGAUAUAGCAAAUGUCGUUCGCGAACAAAUCACAGCGUCUACUUGGAUGGACGAACCUACAAAAAACGUGUCUCACGAGAAAUUAAAAAGCAUGAGGAAGCAAAUCCUUAUCCCCGAUUGGUACAGUAACGAAGCUAUUGAUAAGUAUUACGAUGGUUUAACACUCACUUCGGAAUAUCUUGAAAGUGCAAUAAAUGUGUUUAAAUUCGAAUUCAGGAAAGUUUUAAACAAACUGCGUCAACCUGUCGACAAAACCGAGUGGCUUAUGGAACCGACAAUUGUAAACGCUUAUUACAAUCCACCUGGCAACGAAAUUGUUAUCCCUGCUGCUAUAACGCAAAAUCCUGUAUACGAUGAAAAUCGUCCAGCAUUCAUGAACUAUGGAGGCUUAGGAGUCGUUGUCGGACACGAAAUAAAUCACGGUUUCGAUAAUUCUGGUCGUAAGUACGACAAAGAUGGCAAUGCCGUAGAAUGGUGGACAGAGUCAACUAUCGAGAAAUACGAGAAAUUAGCACAAUGCUUUGUUGAUCAGUACAAUAGUUAUUUGGUGCCAGGCUUGGAAGACUCAGGCGUUCAUGUAAAUGGACAAUUGUCACUAGGUGAGAACAUUGGUGAUUCCGCUGGUAUUGUAGCUGCGUAUUAUGCGUAUAAGAACAGAAAAGCGAGACUAAACGAGCCUGAGUUGAGAUUGCAAGGAUUGGAGGAUUACAAUGACGAUCAAAUUUUCUUUAUGGGUUUUGCGCAGUCCUUCUGUCAAAAUGCUACGCCGCAACAAAUACGAUUGCUCCAGAUGGAUGAACAUCCCAUGCCAGAAACGAGAGUACGGGGCAGUUAUUCGAACUUCCCUGAAUUUUCUAAAGCUUACAAUUGCCCGGCAGGAAAGGGAAUGAACCCGGAUAAGAAAUGUAGUUUGUGGUAACAGGACGAUGAAUCAAUCAUAUGUGAAAUUGUAUAUGCGAAUAAUUAUACAGCUUAAAAUUUUUAUCUGGCCGAAGUAAACGAUCUAUUUGUAAAAUAUAUUGUAAAAAUAGUGUAAAAAUAUAGUGCAUAUAUUAAUUGUAUAUAUAACAUAUAUCCUAGUAUAUAGUUAAUAAAAAAUGCAAAUUACGUUAAGUUUUUAACAUUAAUUGAUAAAUAAAGUAUAUAUCGUAUGAAAAUGGUAGAAUGUAUAUGUCUAGGAGUUAUAAAAGGUAAGGUUUGUUUUAACGUUUUUAUUUUAUCUUUUCUUAUAUGUAUAUAUAUAAUAAUAUAUAAAGCAAGUUAUCUCUGCAAGUAAUAUUUAUACACUGACAAUUAUUAAUUGUUUUUAUUGUUAUAAUAAUUGCACGUAAAAAAAGAUUCAUUUCUUAAAAGACUAACCAAUUAGAUUUAAAUACAAUAAAUUUUCAAUGACUUAUAAGUAUAAAUAUAUUUUAUUUCUUUAUUAUAUACUAAAUGGCAUGUGUUACAAAAUUAUGAUUUAGAAAUUAAGUGACUAAAAUAAGCGGCUUAUAAAGCAAGUAAAUUAUUAUCAUUUGUGCUAUUAUCAUUAAUUAUUUAACUUAUAAAAGCUUAUUAUUUAUUAUUAUUAUAAAUUUUAAUACUCUUUUAACACUCUUAAAUUUUUUCAACGUCGAUUAUUAUUUUUUUAAACUGGACGAAACAAUAUAAGUAUACGAGCAAACAUGUACAUGUUUAUAUAAU